AUGUCUGGUCUUUCUCCAACACUACAACAUAGAACCGAUUGAUCUAUUCGGAAAAAGCGUCAACAAGUGAGUCUGGCUGGUGAAGAAAGCAGUAUCGUGACCAGCACACUAACACAUGACGAUGGCGACAGUGAUAUCUCCGCUGAUACUUCCGUCUUUCUUCAAAUGGCAGUGGCAAAGAGAGAAGCACAACGACAUCAGUCGCGACUUGAGAAGAAGCAGGAAAAAAGUCUCUCAGAGAAGGUACCCGUUCUGGCUAAAUCUGUUUCUCAUUACAGCUCUAUGGCCCCUGUAGCUAAUCGUCAUGAGGGACACAACUGUAUCGCCGAUUCCUGCUCUGUUCAAGGCGAUUCUGACGGUGCCUAUUGUUUGAGCAACUUCUUAGCUGACUGUUUUGACUGUAAAAGAACUAUCAGAACAGUUUUAGGAAUGGAAAUACAUGUUACAUGUGAUUAG